UUGUACGUUUAUUUUAUAAUCACAUAGAGGCACAGUAACUGACGAUAUUACUCGGGUAUUCAGACUGCUAGGCAUUCCAUGUUUCAUGGUUCAUAUUACAAGUUUUGCUAACUGUUCAAAAUCAUGAACUAAAGUAUACAAUUCUGUACAUCAGUUUAAAUUGCUUCCCAUUACACCAUCAGAGUUCAUAAUCUUUCAUCUUUUUCUUGUUUUAUAUAAAAUAGACUUUGCAGAUGAUGGUAUGUUACAAUAAGAAGUGAACAUGUACCACACUCCACAUUAGUGAUAAAUAUGGAGCUUCCCUUUGAAUUUAUCUUAAUCAUUUCCCUCCAUCUGGAAGUUGAUCGCUCAGUCAGUAUAGUGACUAGGCUAUGGGAUGGACAUCUGGCUUCAAUUCCCAACAAUGGAGGAUCUUUCUCUCCACUGCAACAUCCAGACUGAUUUUUGGGCUUACUCAGUCUCCUAUCUAGUCAGUACCAGUAUUUUUUUGUUCGAGGUAAAGCAUUUUGGGUUAAGAAAUGUAUGGACCUAUACUUCUACUCCAUACAUCUGCAUGGUAUGAUGCUUAGUUAAGCACCAGAGACAACGUUACCUUUAUUUCUGACAUCUAAUGUGAAAUGUCUGGUACAAUGGGAAAGCUGGAAUUGAUACAAACUCUGUUAGGUCACGAAGGUCGUGUUUGGGAUGUAUGUUGGCACCCGCAGGGUAACACAUUAGCAUCUUGUGGCGAGGACAAAACCAUACGUAUCUGGGGUAGGGAAGGUUCAAAAUGGGCCAACAAGACUAUUCUAGCUGAUGGCCAUCAGAGAACAAUUCGAGAGGUAGCAUGGUCUCCUUGUGGAAAUUACUUGGCCUCUGCAAGCUUUGAUGCAACAACUGCAGUCUGGGAUAAGAAAAGUGGGCAGUUUGAAUGUAAUGCCACAUUGGAAGGCCAUGAAAAUGAGGUUAAAAGUGUUGCGUGGGCAAAAUCAGGACAUUUGUUAGCAACUUGUAGCAGAGAUAAAAGUGUCUGGGUGUGGGAGGUUGCAGAUGAUGAUGAGUAUGAAUGUGCUGCUGUGUUGAAUGCUCACACACAAGAUGUAAAGAAAGUGGUGUGGCAUCCACAUCUUGAUAUUCUUGCUUCUGCUAGUUACGAUAAUACUAUAAAAUUUUUUAAAGAAGAUGUGUCAGAUAAUGAUUGGAUUUGUAUUGCAACAUUAGUUUCUCAUGAAUCAACUGUUUGGAGUUUGGCUUUUGAUAGUACUGGAACUCGCCUUGCAAGUUGCAGUGACGAUCAUACUGUGAAGAUAUGGCAGCAGUAUCUUCCUGGCAAUACUGAAGGAAUUAUGACACCUGGCAAUGAACCUGUUUGGAAAUGUGUGUGUACACUUUCUGGUUACCACAGUCGUACUGUGUAUGACAUAUCCUGGUGUCAUAAUACAGGACUAAUUGCAACUGCUUGUGGUGAUGAUAUCAUUAGAAUUUUUAAGGAAGUGGAAGAUUCUGAUCCUAAUGAACCAAGUUUUGUAUUGUACCAUGCCUGUCACGGGGCUCAUACUCAGGAUGUGAAUUCCGUCAUGUGGAAUCCAGCUGUUCCGGGACUUCUCGCGUCAACAAGUGAUGAUGCUGAAGUGAAAAUUUGGCAGUUCACAGACUAAAUAUAAAGAAUAGCCAUUUUUAAAUUUCAAAAACAUUGUUAGAUUUGAUUAAUUUAUGACAUUUAUUCAAGGAUGAUGUAUAUUAACUACAAAGUGUGCAUAUGUGAUGUCAAAAUAUAUUGUAUCUCUUUAUUAUAGGUUUAUUUCUUAUUUUUUCUUUUACAUUUUUACAUUAGUGUAGACAUUCUUUGGGUUUAUCCAUUCAUGAUGAAUGUUGUGAUAAUUGUUGGUUCUUUUUUUUAAUGGUGGCCUAACGCUCAGUUACUUCAGAAUUAUAGCAAUAUUAAAGUUGCAUUCCUUAAAAGCAUAGAUCUUAGAAUAAUCAAAUAAAUACUUUUGUUUUCUGA